UUCCACUUUAUAUGGCAGCUGGAGUUAUAACAGGGCACUGACAAAAGCGAUACGAAGAAGUCGUAACCAACACGAAAAUGGCAACACAUGAGGAGGUUUUUACCUACCCUGAUCAAGUCAGAGAAAAGUUGGCAGGCAAGACUGUCCUUGUCAUCGGUACAAGUAGAAGUGGUGCACGGUCGGUGUGGGAUAUUUUUGCAAACGCAAAAAUCAAGAUCAUUACUGUGGCGCACAAGACAUCACAUUACGGACAGAGCAAAGUUGAUCAAACUGUCUACUAUGACUAUUACACAGACCAGUCCGAUAUUGAGAAUCACGCAACCAACAUCAUCCAACUUCUUGGAGAUCGAGUUGGUGAUAUUGACGGAUGUUUUACCUUCACGGAACCGGAUACACCAAUAACAGCUGCCAUAUGUCAGAAACUAGGACUCCGAGGAUGUCAUCCGGACGCGGCCAUGACAGUUCGGAGCAAGCAAAACACAUACGAAGCCUUGAGAUCCAAACCAGGCAACAAUAUAUACAAGACAGAAAAAUAUUCACCUGCUUCUUAUCGCAUCAGAAAUGAGUGGGAUAUCAAAGAGGCCAAGAAGAUAGCGUAUCCAGCCAUUCUUAAACCAGAGCAUGAUGCAGGUUCCUGGGGAGUUGUGAAGGUGAUUUCUGAAGACGACUGUAUUCUGCAGUUUAAUAGAAUACAGAACGACUUUGGAAAAUCUUCCCAUGGCGAAACGUUUGGAAAGUCAAUGGUUCUGAUGGAACUUCUAGAGGGUCUUUCCUAUAAUGUUGACCUGGUCAUAUAUGGAGGAGAGCUCAUGGCAGCCUUUAUUACUGACAUCGGUCUCUACGUCCCUGACAUGUUUAAUGAUACCACUACCUGCCAACCUACCAACUUGUCUGCGGAAAUGAAAGAUCAGCUAAUGACCGCUGCCCAUCAGUGCUGUUGUAAAGUCGGGUUACUCAAUGGAGUUUUCAACACAGAAUUUAAGAUGACAGAUUCCGGUCUUAAGCUCAUUGAAAUCAAUGGAAGAACAGGUUGUUAUCGUAGAUGCAUUGUCUACAAGACUACACAUGGCGUUCUCCUUUGGGAGAUCGCAGCCGCCAUUGCUUGUGGAAUCAAGCCUUAUUUUCCAGAAGUACCUGCUAGAUGUUUUGCUGUCGGGGCCUACCUUUUCUUUAAAUUCCACGGGCAACAGUUUCUCAAAGAAGGCGUCAAUGAUAAGCUGAUAUCUAUGGCUGAAGCAAAUAGCAUCAUCCUGAAUUUGCGAACCGAAACAGUAACCAUGGAAUGUGAGAGCGAAUACCAAAAACCUUUCUGUCAUCUAGUUGCUCUCAGCAAUACCAGUAUAAAGCAUGCGAGACAAUCGCUGGUACAACUUUGUCAGGACCUGGGAUUUUCCAGCACCGAUUAUGACAUUGAGCGAUUCACAAGUGUGUGGGCGUAAUAUCUAUAACGGAAACUAUUUAGGAAAUACGAGAGUUUUAUUUAUUCAUUUUUAUGUGAUACAUUGUAUUUCAUGCAUCUUAAUAAAUAUGCUUUAAAUAUAACCUUAAUCAUUUAGCAUAUGUAUUUAAUCUACAGUAUUUAACUGAAAAAUGUAUGUUCUGUUCAAGGGGAAACGAUUCUCAAAUACAGAAAUUUAGAAAAUACUUUUCGUUGUCAUUAUCAUAAUCACAUCGUACCGAUAUCUACCCUGUCGCCAUAUGUAGUCUUGUAGACUUUUCUUGUAAUAUUCAAGAAAAAAGAAAGUUCUCGAACAUUUAGUUAAGUCAGCAUCUCUGCUGAAUCACUGUAGUAGGAGAAAUAAAACUCCACCUCCUUAAUAGCAUGUAUGUAUUUAAUCUACAGUUUUCACGUGAAAAAUGUAUGUUCUGUUCAAAGGGAAACGACUCUCAAAUACAGGAAUUUAG